UUAUUCGUUUUUUAUUAAACAUAUAUAAGUCUGUGGUUAUAUUAAACUCGUAAUCUGGUGCAAUGAAGUGUCAUUACGAAGUGUUAAAUAUAUCUCGUGAAGCAGAUGAUUCUGAAAUCAAAACAGCAUAUCGUAAAUUGGCAUUGAAAUGGCAUCCCGAUAAAAAUUUAGAUAACGAAGAAUAUGCUAAGGAACAAUUUCAAUUGGUUCAGCAAGCCUAUGAAGUAUUAAGUGAUCGUCAAGAACGUGCGUGGUAUGACAAUCAUCGUGAACAAAUUUUAAAAGGAUCCGGUAGCAAUGCAAACUUUACUGAUAAUUCCUUGGAUGUAUUUCCAUAUUUUACAUCAUCCUGUUUCAAAGGAUACGGGGACGAUGAACAAGGUUUCUAUAGCGUAUAUCGUAAAGUAUUUGAAACAAUUGCAUCUGAAGAUAUUGAAUAUAUGGACACCGAGGAAGAAUUUGAACAAAUACCGAAAUUCGGUACCAGUGAUAGUGAUUAUGAUACAAUUGUUGGCCCUUUUUAUGCAUACUGGAUGAGUUAUUCCACAAAAAAAUCAUAUGUUUGGGUUGAUCCGUACGAUAUCCGUGAAACACGUGACCGACGUGUUGUGAAAUUAAUCGAAAAAGAAAAUAAAAAAGUUCGUGCUAAAGCAAAAAAAGAACGUAACGAUGAAGUGCGUAACUUAGUUGCGUUCGUACGAAAACGUGACAAACGUGUACAAGCACAUGCAAAAUAUUUGGAAGAAAAAAAUUUACAAAAUCGUCAAAAGCAGGAAGAAUUACGAAAACAAAAAAUAUUGGAACGUAAACAAGAAUUAAAUGAAGCUCGAAGUAAAGAACAAGAAUGGAGUAAAUUUGAAAAUAUGAGUUCGGAAUUAAAAGAGAUCGAAAAACAUUUAGCAGAACAGUUUGGUGAGGAAUUAAGUGAUUCUGAAUAUACGGAUGAUCAAUCGAUUGAGGACGAUAAUGUUUCGUUAAAUUCUGAAGAGGAUUUAAUUAAUAAUUUAUAUUGUGUGGCAUGUAAUAAAAUUUUUAAAACUGUUAAUGCUUUCGAUAAUCAUGAAACAAGUAAAAAACAUCGUGACGCUGUUGAACGAUUAAAAAUUGAAAUGCAAGAGGAAGAAAAUGCUAUUGAAGAAGAAAAUCAAAAUACUAUUGAAAAUAUAGAAAAUCAAGAUACAAUUGAAAAUACCGUCGAUAAUGAAUCAUUGAAUGGUGAUAGUUCUAAAAAGAAAAAGAAAAAAAAGAAGAAACAAUCUUUGAUUACUGUAAAUUCAGAACCAAGUGAUGACGAAGAAAAUAUCAUUGAUUUUGGUCUAUCAAAAAAACAAAAAAAGAAAAAUUUACGUGAAAAACAAAUACUAGCAAAUGGUAAAAAGGAGAAAUCGAUCGAAGAUGAGAAUAACGAACAAAGUGAUGACGAAGAAAGUUUAAUUGAAAUAGGUUCAUCUAAAAAACAAAAAAAGAAAAAUCUACGUGAAAAAAAUAUAGCUAAUGGGAAAAAAGAGAAAUCGAAAGAUGUUGAAGUACCAAUUGAAAUGCAAAAUGAAAAUAUCGAAUUAAAUGAAAAGUGUGUUGAAGAUACUACUACUACAACUGAAGAAAAUCAUAAAAAUACUGUGAAAAAAAAUAUAAAAACAAUUAGUAAAAAUAGUCCAAUUGAUUUAACACAUUGUUGUGUUGUUUGUAAAUCGAAUUUUCCAUCAAAAAAUAAAUUAUUUGAUCAUUUAAAGAAAACUGGACAUAGUACUGCGUUACCACAAGUUAAAACGGAAACGAAAUCUAAAAAAAAGAAUAGAUAAAUUGAAUUGUAUUUAAUUGAUGUUGUUAAACCACUAACGAAAUUUAAUAAAUUAUAAUUGAAAUCAA